AUGUCUGGGGCAAGUGUCGCGGAUACACUGCGUUUUCUGUCGCAGGAUGCAAAAGUUCCUCUGGCAAUUGCGCUAGGGAAGGUCGUGGAUUUGCAGAAGGCUAACAUGACAAGUGCAGAUCAAAUCGCCAAAGCAGAUAUUCAAGUUGUUCAAGGGGUUUUCAAGGAUGAAAAGCUUGCCAAACAAGUGCUGAAUGCUGCUAAACGGGUCUCAAAGAAGCGCGGAGCCCCAAGCGACGUUGCAACGGCAUCACCUCAAAAAAAGAAAAAGGAAAUGAACAUAACAAAAGACUCAACCCCUUUUGAGAUUGAAUCUUCCCUGAGUCUGCCCACAUCAGCUGCGAGCGAUAGCGAGCUCUGCAACAUGACUGUUGUGACGAAUCGUGCUCCCCUGGUCCUCGCUUUUGCAGUAUGUGUCUUGAAGUACACCAUGCCUGAGCAGCCAAUAUCGAGUAGAUGGAGUCUUGCUCAGGCAUUAGUCAGUGCCAACAGUCGAACCAAAGCUGUCAGCCUGGGUAUUGAAAGUGGCAAGUCAGCAGAACAAGAGGGAUGGGGAGAGGGCCACUCAACAGUCAAAGUUCUCGGAAGAGAAAUUCGAGUUUUGAAACGAUGGGACUAUAAUCCACGUGAAGGAAGACCAGAUAACGCAUCUGCAUCAGAAGAAUCCAAUGCCAAUGCGGAACCGGUCGAAGAGUUUUUAGGAAAUGGUGAUGUUGAUGACGCGGACAAGAUGCCACCUCUAUGGAGUAUUGACUUGGAGGCCACUCGAAAAUCUCAAGCUACCGCCGUUGGCUCGGAACCAAAGCCCGCUAGUUCCUUGCCCAUCUAUACAGCACCAUCUGCGCGGUCCUACCUCCUUCGGUCAAUUGGCAAAUUACAGGAAGGGAAGCCUUCAAAGUCAAAGUCUGCUGCUGCAACAUUACAAGAAAAAGAAGACUGUGUUGGUCAUCUCGUGCGAGCUAUUGACUCGGUUUGCAGCUCGUGGAGCACCACACUAGAUAGCAGUGAAUUGGACAGGCGCGCUUGGGCUUGGUAUCUUCGUGUUCGACCAGAUGUUCAAGGUGGUGCCCAAGGAUGGGGUGAGAAAGGGCAAGUGCAGCUAGCUGAUAUUCUUGCUCUUCGAAAACGUCCUUGA